AUGAGUCAAGGAGCGACAAGUAAAGUGGUGCUUGUUGCAUUCGGAGGACCGUCAUCCAGUGGAAAGACCACCGUGGCCACCACACUCACAUCGUUGCUCCCGCACGUGACCCUCGUGCAGCUCGAUGAUUUCUACUUGACCGAUUCCGAGAUCCCCAUUGACGCCACGACUGGGUACCAGAAUUGGGAUUGCCCGCAAGCACUCGACUUUGACAAGUUCACUUCCUAUCUAAAGGCUUUGAAAAAUGGGACUGGAGAAUCACCGGUGGAGUCGGUUCAGCUGAAGGAUGUCGAUUUAAGCUUGAGUUCUAGCGAGCUCGAGACAAUCGAGCUGGUGAUAGCCUCGCAAAAUGAUAAAUUUCAGGGGAAACAUAUUGUAUUUGUUGAUGGAUUCAUGCUUUUCCACGACCCUGAAGUGAUCAAGUUAUUUGACAUCAAGCUCUUUUUCCAUGCUUCUUUUGAGACAUUGAAAAAGCGCAGAGAGUCUAGAAAAGGAUAUACCACAGUGGAGGGCUUCUGGGUCGAUCCACCAGACUAUUUUGAAAAGAUUGUAUGGCCCGCGUUUGUCGAUAGCCACAAGUAUCUUUUCAAAGACGAGGAUAUGGAGGGUAAUUUGAAACCGUCACUGACAUCUGCAGAGUACAAGAUAAACGACAUUGCCAAUGAAGAGAGUAGCACGUUAUUCAGCCUCGUGAACAAAUCCCUAGACGCUAUAAUAGAAGACUUGUAA